AUGGACGACGUAGCCAAACCCGAUACUCCCCUCUCUCCUGGUCAGUCAUCAGAGACUGCCAAACUCCACCCAGCCUCCACAGUUACCAACAUCAAAAAUCUGAUCCCCAUUCUCCUGGACAUGGAAACUGGUCAAUAUUUAUCUUGGUCAGAACUUUUCCGCAUCCAGUGUCGUGCUUUUAAAGUCAUUGACCACCUAAAACCUAAACCCGCAGCCACCUCCUCCACGUCGGAAAACCCUCCAGUCGAUGAAGAAUGGGAUAGACUUGACGCCAUUGUCUUGCAAUGGAUAUACAGUACUAUCUCCAAUGAUCUCCUCAACACCAUCAUACGCCCCGGAAAUACCGCCUAUGAUGCAUGGUCGACCCUGGAAGGCCUCUUUCAGGAUAAUAAAAAUGCGCGUGCAAUUCACCUAAUGCAGCGUUUUACCACCACUCGCCUCGAUGGUUUCCCUAAUAUGUCAGCCUACUGCCAGGCCAUAAAGUCUCUUGCGGAUCAAUUAGCAAAUGUCGGAGCACCUUUGGAUAACAAACGGCUGGUUUUGCAUCUUCUUGCGGGUCUCACGGAUCAGUAUGAGGGUAUCUCAACCAUCUUACAACAAAAAGACCCCACUCCCACGUUCUAUGAGGCUCGGUCUCAGCUGUGUUUAAUCGAAAGUCAAAAGGCGGAGAAAGCCUUGUAUGCCGCCACCACCGCUAACCAGGCACUAAACACCACAACCAACCGGUCCACAUCUCAGUCCCCGUCGCCACCUACUUAUCAAUCAGAUCAGACCCCCACACGCGGCCGCGGUCGCUCUAGGGGUCGCGGACGUGGCAGGUUCUCCGGUUCACGUGGACGCGGUCAGCAGUACGGCCAGUGGACUUCACCCACCACCUACACCUGGACUGUACCCACUGCCACCAACGGUGCUGGUACCUCUCCAACCCCUUGGCUCCAGUGGGCGGCCCCCCCUCCAUGCCCGUACCCCACCACUGCCAUCCCUCCUCCUCAUAACUCCGCUCAAGGCAUUCUCGGGCCACGUCCACAUCAGGGUCACCAGGCAACAUACUCCCCGACAGACAUUCAGCAGGCUCUUUACACCAUGUCUCUCCACCCUCCUGAGUAUCAACACGGAGUUAUGGAUACGGGAGCCACCAUCAGCAUGGACCCCAAUUCAGUUUGGUUUUCUUGUGAAGGACUACAAGACCCGGAUCCCCAUAAUCCGGUGCGACAGCAGCGGUGA